CAGAAAGCAGGUUCAACAAACUCUGAGUUAAAACCUUAACUCUAUGUUGACCAACUCUAAGCUGUCAAACUCUAAGUUUGCGGUUUCAGAACAGGUGAUAACACUUAGUUCAAUCAACUCAGAGUCAAGGUAACCCUGAGUGAAGCUCGUGCAUGAGGAUAUAAAAAGCCCUCAUCAAUGGAGCACAGAUAACAUGAUUCACCAUGGCAACAAGUGGUAAACAGCCUCGAUCCUCCUACUUCUCCCCAGUGGAGUUGGAAAUAUUAAUGACUGCGCAUGCAGAAAGUGAGCAUAUAUUUUUAAAAAGAAGCAAUACUGUGGCAGCAGCAAAAGUGCGGGAUCUUGAGUGGCAGAAAAUUGCUGACCGAGUCAAUGCGUGCAACCCAACAGGCACCAAACGGACUUGGCAGCAGCUAAAGAUGAAAUAUAAAAAUGUAGUUCAAACAGCCAACAGAAAAAAGGCUGAGGCCCGCAAAACAGGUGGCGGUCCACCACCACCACCUGUCACAGAGGCUGAAGAGAUGGCCCUCAGUCAGAACAGUGGGCGACCCAUUGCUGAGGGCAUCUCUGGGGGGAGCUCACCGGACCCACCCACGCCCCAGGACACAGGGGCCUACAUAAAAGUUACUGAUGGUGUAAUCUGUCUCAUGGAGCCUUCUGCCAUAACAGACCUCCAUGCUGAGGAUGGUGAAGACGCCUUAUCAGCUGCCACAGAGAGGGAAGAUGCAGAGAGGCCUGUUGAAAGCCAUGCUGGAAAUUACAAUGAGGAAGAAGGUCCAUCAACCUCCACAGAACAGCUUACCUCACUCCCUGUGAAACAACUGUAUAAGGUAUAUUUGCAAGCACAAAUCAACAAAUUUCAUCUGGAAAUGGACAAUAUAAGGCUGCAGAUCACAAAGACAAAAAUGGAAAUACAAAUGCUGGACCAUCAGUUAAAGGAAAUAAAGAAGACCUCAUAAAAUGAAGGCAAGCAGGAGAAACUCGGGGUUAGUUGAAGAAAACCUGCCAGCGAGCAGGUUAGGUUCACGGAGUAUGUUGCCAGGGUAACUGACUCAGAGUAAAGCUGAACUGGCUUUGUGAAACUGAAAAACCAGAGUUUCCCUCAUCUCAGGGUUAACUAACUCAGAGUUUUCACUAAACCUGCUUUCUGAAACGGGCCCCUGGAAUUGUACUACUUCCAUAUAGUCCACAAUCAACAUUUUAAAUAUUUUUUUGGUUGUUAUAUUUGCAACAAGGGUUUACAAAUUAUAAUUACAUAAUAUGUCCCAUCUUAAAACACCAUUUUCAGAAACUCAUUCAAAAACAUAUUUCUACUGCACUGUGAGAAAUGUAAAAAAUGAGAAUGUUGGAACCAUCCAAAUCAAUAGGGGUUCGGACUACACGAUUUCAGCCCGAUUUUGCCCCGAUUCGUUCGUCGCAGACAAAUUUGCGAGUCGUACACGAUUUUGAAAGGUCGGCGGCGAGUAAUUGUCUUGUCUUGUAAUGUGACAUGUUUGCGAUCUGCGAUGUUUUCGUCUGCGACGUUCGAAAACCCCACGACGAAAAGUUUGGCAUGUCAGAAUUUUUUGGGGAAUCGCAUGACGUAUACAUUGUUGACAUGAGGGAAUCCCGCCCCCAGUUGCGUGGAGGAACCCCACGAACAGCUGGAGCUCACGCGCAGUUACCAACUGACUCCACUGCACUACGCUGAGUACACAGUAACUACUACAAAAAUGAAUACGAUCAAUAGCAAGAAGAAGAAUGCUAAUAAAGAAAACGAGAGAAAAUGGAACAACAUAAUGGAGACAACUUUGGUUGAAAUGCGGAAGCAACGUCCCUGUAUUUUCGACAAGGCAACAAAUAGCCGACGCCCUUGACCUACCUGGUAAGUUUGCAGCCAACAGCUGUUGACGUGCUAAUAGCUAUCAUAAACUAUCAUAAACCUCAAACCGCCAGCAUAAUUCCUAGUGCUAGGCUAGGCACUCGGGAUCCAUUGUUGACGCUCUGUUGCUAGGCUACGUUGCUGCUGCGGGUACUGC